ACCGAAGCUGAAAAGUGAAAAGUUUUGUGUGUGUGUAUUGAGUUUUUCCCAAAUGGCUUACAACAGCUCACCUAAUGAGCAUGUGGAGUACCAGUAUCAGUACAAUCAUGGAUACCAUUAUAUAUCAGAUGGAAGCACUAUAGGAGGAGAUGAAUCGAUGAAUUUUUGGCCAAACAGCCCCACAAGAAGCGACUCCCCCUCUCCAAACAUGCAAAAUAUUGGGGGGGCAUACCAAAUAUUCACCCCCGUGGGGUGCUCUACCCCUAACCACAGAUACACCCAGUACAGGACAGAAUACACCACGGUAACCACAGGUAGCGGAGGUCCUUAUGUAAGAGUUGUUAAAAGACGGACAACAGCAAAUAAAAAGGAACGCCGCAGGACUGAAUGCAUAGGUAUGGCUUACACAGCCUUAAGAAAUUGCAUCCCGAAUGUUCCUGCAGACACAAAACUAUCAAAAAUUAAGACAUUACGACUUGCCAUAUCUUUUAUAUCCUACCUGACAAAAGCCCUUGAAACAGAUGGCAACACAGGGGGGUUCAAGGCCGAAUUAGGGUCAGUUUCAAGAAAAUUAAACUCUAACCCUGUACAAGUGAAUGAUUGCACCACCGGACAAGUGUCGCCAAAAAGUGAUAGCUCGGAAGAAAUUAAAAGAUCCCGAAAAGCCAAAGGUCGUACAGGUUGGCCUCAACAUGUGUGGGCCCUUGAGUUAAAGCAAGAGCAGAGCCUAUAGGUACAGCCGUAGAAAAAAGUUUGUUGUAUGUUUUUUAACAUACUAGGUCGUAAAAAACCUGUAUU